CGAGGGAGGAGACUGGUUGUUCCCGGCAUCCCCUCUAGAUAUACAUACACAGCUCCCUCCUCCUCCUCCUCCUCCUCAUCCGCCUCCUCCUCUUCAGCGCGCGCUUUCGAACGACGCUCUCGUCGUGUCGGCCGCUUGAGGGACGAUCAGUCUGUUCUCCACGUUCUCCACGCAAGGACGACCGCCGUCGGCGAUCCUCUAAUCUGUGACACGAACUUUGACCGCGCUCUCCCGCUGCCUUCCCGUCUGCUCGAGAGAUCAUCUUCUCUUAUCACCGUCGAUGACGCGCGCUGGUGAAGUUGCCCGAUCGCGAUGCGGACAGAGCCUCAGUAGCGAUCACGUUCCCGACGCGGUCCGUCGUUGUGUCGUCCCGGCUCUAUUCCUCGUGCUCUGAGCUCGUGUUCGAACAUCACUCUCGGCGACCACGUUCUCUCGUUCCAUCGUUCUCUCGUUUGCGGGAAAUCGAAAAAGGGAGACAGAAGGGUUUGACCGUUCCUAGGGUCUUCUUUGUCCUAGCGAUCGAUCUCCUUUCUUUUUGUUGAGUGCCCGACCAAGGUCACCCGAUCGCUCUGCCCAAGGGCUGCUCCCGCAGAGGGUCUCCUUGGUCCGGAGAUGUGAUCGGCGAUCGUCUCGGCUCCACACAGCUUUUCCCGCGUCUCGUGCGCCGGGACCCUUUCGUGCAACCACCCUAGGUGCAACUGACGUAGUUGCAACCGACCCGAGUGCAACUAACCUAGGUGCGUCCGAUUAAGCUGCGACCGAGCAAGGUGCAACCGAAACAGUGGCAAAUGCAUCGGUGUAGACGGUGGCGCGAUCGGUCUUCUAUGGCCUAAGUGGUAACUGGUACCGCUCCCGUUGCCGUUGUCACGAUCCACGAUUUCGAGAUGAGACUGCUGGUGGUGAUCACGAUCCUCUGCUUGGCGAAUCGGCGCGCCGCCGAUUGCCGGGCCGUCGACGCUGACUCCACGGAGAAGGAGUUCGGCAGACACAGGCGCAAGUUCACCGUCGACGAGCUACUCAACACGAACUUUCCGCACGGCAUCAGCGAUGACCUGGACGUGGACAUCUGUAAGGCGGGUGGUUUCUUGGGCGACAUCGCACUGCCAAACAUACAGUAUGAGACGGAGUGGCGGCAGCAAAAGCUGAACAAGAGUUAUCUGGAGGAGCUGGAGAAGUAUCGGGAGGAAGUCCUGAAAGAGGGUCUCCAGGUCGAGGAAGAGGGUCUCACAGAGAUCCUCCAGUUUAAAAAUGAGCACGACGCUAACGGGACGCAUCAGGAGAACGAGGAGAUCGCGUCUUCAAGAGAGAAAUCCGAACCAAUUAUGGUGGACCGGAAUCAAUACAGCAUGGACGGCGAAGUCGCGGGUGAUUUCAGUUUUGACGCGAGGAACGACGACGUCGGCCCCGGAGUGCGAGACGAGGGUGUCGAGUUCAGGUUGGAGUCGACGACCCCACCGACGAAAAAGAGGCACUCAGGUCGGAAGCAGGGUUAUCAAACACCGCUCGCGAUACCGAUUGUAAACGCCACGAAGCCAAUGAACGCCUUCCUGAAAUCAUCCCGCGAAUCCAACACUCCCGUCGGCUCCGCCGGGGUUGCCAAUCAGAUGGGGAAAAUCCAGGAAGUGUUCACCAUCAGAACAGAGACCAACACGCAGAAUACAUCGAAGCGGCGUCAUCGACGUCAUCAUCGAAGAAGAUCAUUGAGGAGGAGGCAUCCUCGCCGCAAGCUUCCAGAAGUCAGGCCGGACUUCGGCGACAGUUCAGACGAAGUGGUGUCGUUACACGACAGACGGCUCCGAUCAAUCGAGUUCUACGAGGUGGAACACAAGGCGAAGUACCUGGCGAACAAACGCGGCACAACGAGACACGGUUUCUCGAGCAGGUCGAGAAGAGCCGCGACGGCCCGGAAGGAGCGCGUAUGGGACCACGGCGUGAUCCCGUACGAGAUCGACGGCAACUUCUCCGGGGCCCAUAAAGCGCUGUUCAAGCAGGCGAUGAGACACUGGGAGAAUUUCACUUGCGUGAAAUUCGUCGAGAGGGUCCCCGCGGAACAUCCUAAUUAUAUACUGUUCACGGAGAGGCCGUGCGGGUGCUGCUCGUUCGUCGGGAAAAGAGGAAACGGGCCGCAAGCUAUAAGUAUCGGAAAAAAUUGCGACAAAUUCGGAAUUGUUGUUCACGAAUUGGGACACGUCGUCGGCUUUUGGCACGAACAUACGAGACCCGAUCGAGACCGUCAUGUGCAGAUCAUUCGUGACAACAUCAUGUCCGGUCAGGAGUACAAUUUCAAUAAGCUCACGGAAGAGGAAGUGAAUUCGCUUGGUUUACCGUACGAUUACGACUCGAUCAUGCAUUAUGCGAAGAACACAUUUUCGAGAGGCACGUAUUUAGACACAAUCCUUCCGAUGGAAAGGGACGGAAAGAAACGGCCUGAGAUUGGACAGAGACUUCGACUCAGCGAAGGAGACAUCGCUCAGACUAAUCUUCUCUACAAAUGCCACAAGUGCGGUAGAACGUUCCAAGAAAACAGUGGCACCUUCGGAUCCCCGACUCACCCGAACAGUUCGCCGGCGAUCGAAGGUGAACGCUGCGAAUGGCGAAUCACAGCGACCCAUGGUGAACGGAUCGUGUUGAACAUCACGUCGUUGGACAUAUUUAAGAGCAACUUCUGCCGCAGCGACUACCUGGAGAUCAGAGACGGAUACUGGUACAAGAGCAACGUUCUAGGUCGAUUCUGUGGGAGCGGCAAGAUCCACGAACCCAUCGUCUCCACCGGAAGUAGGAUGCUGGUAACGUACGUGACGUCUAGUCGUCAGAGCGGUCACCGUGGUUUCACCGCGAGCUACGAGGCCGUUUGCGGCGGCGAGGUGGAGCUCGACGGCACCGGUCAUUUGGAGUCGCCAAAUUACCCGGAAGAGUACCAAUCGAGCAAGGAGUGCAUCUGGAAGUUGUCCGUCCCGGAGAACUUCCAAGUGGCCCUAAAGUUUCAAUCCUUCGAGAUCGAGAACCACGACAAUUGUGUGUACGAUUACGUCGAGGUCCGCGACGGUCAUAACCGCGACUCCCCAUUGAUCGGGGUUUACUGCGGCUACAAAAUACCGCCGGACAUUAAGUCCACGGGGAACAAACUAUUGGUGAAGUUCGUUAGCGACAUAUCCGUGCAGAAGGCGGGAUUUUCAGCCACGUUCAUGAAAGAAUUCGACGAGUGUGUUCUAAUUGAGCACGGCUGCGAGCACGAUUGCAUCAACACUUUAGGUGGAUUCGAGUGCUCUUGUAAACCCGGUUACGAAUUACACUCCGACGGAAAACACUGCGAAGAUGCUUGCGGCGGUGUUUUCGAAGACAGUAACGGAACCAUCACGAGUCCUUCAUUUCCGGUGACCUAUCCGGGAAACAAGGAUUGCGUUUGGGAAAUCAUAGCUCCGCCGCAAUAUCGUAUAACGUUGAACUUCACGCAUUUUGACCUGGAAGGUAACAAAGCUCGACAGCAAGAUUGCGAAUACGACACUGUCGAAGUCAGCAGCAAGCUCGGCGACGAUAUCUUGAGGAAACACGGGGUUUUCUGCGGUUCGAGGCCGCCGCCGUUAAUUACAUCCGAGGGCAACUUUAUGAGAGUAGCCUUCACAUCCGAUAACAGUAUUCAGAAAACAGGGUUCGCAGCUGUUUUCUUUACGGACAUGGACGAGUGCGCAAACAACAACGGUGGCUGUCAACACGAGUGCAGAAACAUAAUAGGCUCUUAUCAAUGUUCGUGUCACAACGGUUUCACGCUUCAUGAAAAUGGACACGAUUGCAAGGAGGGCGGUUGCAAAUACGAAAUUGUCUCGCCGAUGGGCACUAUUAUGUCGCCUAAUUACCCGGAUAAUUAUCCAGGCCUGAAGGACUGCGUUUGGCAUUUCCUCACCAAACCUGGCCAUCGUAUUAAAUUAAUCUUCAAAGUCUUCGAGAUGGAAUCCCAUCAGGAGUGUGCUUACGAUCAUAUCGCCAUUUACGACGGAGAUUCUCCGGACAGUCAUAUUCUCGGGAAAUUCUGCGGUACAAAGGAACCUCAUCCAAUUCUAGCUACGGGAAAUCAAAUGUAUAUGGUUUUCAAGAGCGAUGUUUCCGUCCAGAGGAAAGGUUUCCUUGCAACUCAUAGCACUGCCUGCGGUGGUCACCUGGUCGCAACAGAUGAAGUCAAGUAUUUGUACUCGCAUGCGAAGUACAGCUAUAAUAAUUACGACCACAGAACGGACUGCGAUUGGGCGAUAGAGGCACCGCCUGGAAAAAACGUGCAUUUGACUUUCCUCAAGUUCAAUCUUGAAUACGAGACCGAAUGCAACUACGAUUUCGUCGAAGUUUAUUCCGGACUGGACACUUCCGGUCCCAUGUAUGGACGAUACUGUGGUACCAGCAACACCACGGACUUCAUCUCGAUGAACGAGGCCCUGCUGGUGAGAUUCCGAACGGACGACACGAUAGCGAACAAAGGGUUCGUGGCGGUGUUCGUCGCAGUGGACUGGCAGGUCAGCGGCGAGAACUACGGAGGCUCGGGCAACGAAGACACCGACGUGGAGAACCUCUGAUCCGUGGCCGGCCUCGCCAAUCGACUAAGUUACGGCUGGUACAUCGGCUCGAUCUUGCAAAGCAACGAUCACAGCGAGAACGAA